GGAACUUCCACGGAACCGGACGUCUCAAAUUGUCUCAAAGCCAUUCUCGGUCGGCCGGCUAUGUCUAGUAUGUAGUGCAUACUCGUAGGGAACUUGACAUGUUACCUGCGAGUUCGUUGAUUUUCAAAGUUUCUGAUUUAUCACUAGAGUUGCCAAUAAAGAACAGGCUUCGCGGAUCGUAGAAUGUCUGCACCAGUCUGCACCUUGCGUGCUCAUAGACGGCAGUAGUAGCUAAUGGCUGAAGCAGACAGCUCAGUAGUAGUCUAGCGCGGCAGUAAUGGGGAAUUCCUGCGUUUCAUAUUCGUUUUCACGCAAACGAUUGAUCUUGAUAUUGACUUUCGAAUGAGCGGCACCUAGAAAUAUAUUGGGGGGUGCAAUGGUAUCAAUAAUCAAAAACCAAAUCCUGAAGCACUUAUCCAAAUUUGCCAAGAAUCUGUCGCUGGACCAGAUUCAGCUUAGCACACUACGUGGCCAUUGCGAGCUUCAUCAUCUUGAACUUGACGAGCUCCUUUUAGCUGACCUUUUGGAACUGCCGCCUUGGCUUGUGCUUACACGGGCUGUAUGCAAUUAUGUCACCCUCAAGAUUCAAUGGACAAAGCUCAAGUCGGUUCCCAUUCACCUGGUACUUGAUGAGGUGCUGGUGGAGAUGGAGACCAGCAGGGAACCCCGUGCUGCCGGAAAUGCAAGCUACAGUUCCGGAGGCAAAUAUGGCUUUUCUGACAGAGUGGUGGACGGCAUGACUGUGGUUGUUAAUUCUGUUGUGAUGAACCUGCGUUCGGAAGCAUUUGAAGCAUCAUUUCAGCUGUCACGAGUGCUUCUAGAGAGCCGCACACCUCGCUGGGAGAGGGGUGACUUGAGACUCUGUCGCAUCAAGGCAGCUGAACACCUUCUCAUGUUCAAGGUACUGGAAUGGCAGGUGAUGCGUCUCGAAGCGAAGGCUCGAUCUCCUCCUUCUUGCCCUCCACUACGGCUCAUCACCAAUGCCGCCUCAUGCCGGAUGGUAUUCAAAAAGAGGCUCUCUGACUGCAGUUUGGUGGGUGCCCGUCUCCUCCUGGUGUUGGAGGCCCUGCUGUGGGCCUUAACAGAUGCUCAGUUGGUGGCAGCUCUUCAUUUCUGCCAGUCCCUGGCUGAUCUCAACAGAACUUAUAAGACCUCAGUGCCAUCUUCACCCACACGCACUCAACUUCGUGUGGACGAAGCUGCAAUCUUCAGGAACCAUGAUGUGGUGGAAACUUCCUAUCACUUGUUCUGUACACGACUGGACCUGCACCUAUGUGAUGACAUGGAUCCCAAAGAAUCACGCUCUGGGUACACGCCCCUGCAAGGUGGAGGUGCCCUGCACGUAGUACUGGAGAAACUUCUGCUUGACUACUACCCCAUGCACAGGGUUGGAGGCUCGCGACAGCACUGGCCACGCUACACUGAGCCAUCUGCAGAUCGGCGCAUCUGGCUGCAACAGCUGCUAUCCGGAAAGGAUUACUGUGGCUGCCUUCUGGUGCGCUUGGGCUCCUUUGCUGUGCAUGAGGUGUGCAGUGCAGGACGGGGCCGGUUGGGUCCCCGUCGUUGCAUAGCCUCAGAGCAACGACAAGGGGAGGCCCUCCACCUGGAGUGGGGACACUUCUUUGGGCAGCCAAGGCCAUACAUUUUUGCACACUUAGGGCCAACAUUCAUACGGAUUGACUUGCCUACCCUCCUUUGGGCUCAUGCGUUUCUGCAGAGUGUCCGCAAGUGCAUGGGGGAGUGGGGAGGAAGCAACAGCGACUUUGCCGUCAUGGCUGUGCGCAUUGAAGCUCUUCUUCCCAAGGUAUGUCUCUCAGGGGUGUGCGGCUCCGGCAGUCAAGACCCCCUAGGUGCAGCCACAGGGGGAGCGGAAAUACAUCUACGAGCAUCUCGAGUGGUUGCAUCGAAUCUGCGCUUGGGAGAAGCCCACCUUGGGGAGUGCUUGGAGGCGCUCAGUGCUGGGCCGCUUCUCUUUGAGACAUCGAAAUUUCCAUGGCGGCCCCAUGAUCCUAGGCCCAUCUCGGAGUCCCUCUUACACCACUGUUUGGGUUCCACAUGGGACAUUUGGUCUGUGCACCUAAAUCCAUGCUGGGCAGAAUUUGUCCGUGGGAAAAGGCAGUAUCCCUGCUUGGAACCCUUGCCUCUCACUCUGUGGUACUGCCACAUGGACGACUGUCUUCUGCUUCAUGUGCACAGUCCUAUGGUGGUGCAGGUGAGCCACUCAGAAUAUGUGCUGGCUCUGCAUCUAGCUGAAGCCCUGACACAGUUCAUGGAGCAGCUCUUCCAGGAUGCAGAAGCCAUUGCAGCAGGGACACGGCGAGACUCACCCCUGGGCCUCGCAGCCGUGUGGCCCUCUGUGGAAUUAGCCCUUCUCCUGGAUGAUCAUGACUUAGGUGCACAAGAAGGAGAAGAGGCUCAAGACUCUUCCUCCUCAACAUCGUCUCCUCCAGAGCCAGUAAACACAGUAGCCAGGAUGCCACCUGCAGUGCGUCAUGGUAUGAUGCCUCUGACUGUGCCAUCUGCAAUUCCUCAAGGAGCUGGAUCUACCUCUGGCUCGGACGCUGGAGGUGUUAACCACAAGGAAGAGCCACUGGAAGAAGACAGCAGUUCACUCCGUAGCGAGUUCUCUUCAGACUCUGAUCAGCUCCUGGGGUUGGCAGCAUCCAUGGACGAGGUAGAGCUUGGGCAAGAAGUGACAGAGGAGGUUGUUGCAUCAGCCAACUGGGGAGGUACACUACGUAGGGGCCGUGCAAUAGUCCUGCGUUUGCACAAUGCUCAGCUGGCCGGAUGUUCCAGUUCAUCGUCGCUGCUGCUGCUGCUGCAAGGUCAAGCCAUUGAUGUCAUCGAAGAAGGAGGGGAUACGUUGAGAAAUGAUUCUCCAUCUGGAAACAAGUCAGAAGGUCAGCUGAGCAUUCGCCUUGACAGCCAAGGGGGCCAAAAGCUACGAGUACUAGUACAAGGCCUGUCACUACGACUGAGCAGCUCUGCACUAACAGGAUUGGCACAGGUACUGAGGGACGAAGGAACAGGACAUCCCUUGCCACUGCGCCUCCUGUUGCAUGAGCUUUGUCUCGUGAUGCAGGAUGAAGGAAGCGGUGCAGUUUAUGUCCCCCACUGCCUUGUAGACCGUACAAAAGACGGAGAUCUGUAUGUUAUGCCAGUCGCAUGUGGUUCACUACAGGAGUCUGUCGAGCAGCUGCUUUGUGAUAACAUGACUCACAGCCCUGGACGUGAUGUAGCGAGCCUAAUACGUGAAAACGAACGUCUCCGUCAACAAUUGCGGGAGCUCCAUGCUUUGCAGAAAGAGAACCAGUCCUUGCGGCAACAGGUGUCCUCGUGGGGAGGAGGGGAGCGGGAGGUAGCCCUGGAGCUGAAGCUGGCUGAGCAAGGAGAGGAAGCACGACGUCUUGAGGAGGAGAAGGGAGCUCUACUGGCAACCUUACAUCUACUCGAAGAAGAACUUAUUCAAGAGCGGUCCAGGCAGAGGCCUUCGGGCUGUGAUGCCUUCUGUGGUUCCUCUUCAUGAAAAUUGCCCUUCUGUUAGGUGUAAAUAUUGGACAUAAUAAAACCUUCACAGCUGCCUGAAAGCACGACAUCCAGUUGGGUGCUGCAGCAACAAGUCAAGCAGGUCGUUAAGCAGCCUGCUCUUGAACCGUUGAUCAGCAGCUGUGGUUCCACUCAGA